AUGCAAUACCUCCAUCAGGUCUGUGACACUCUCUUCAAUCUAGGCCCAAUCAGCCUGUUGACAUCCGGAGAAGUACCCUGUCUCACUGGGGACGCCGUUGACCCAUCAGAUGAGCUGCUGGCAUCAGCACAGUCUGAACUAAGACACGUUGAGCUCGUGGCUGCUGUCGUGCGGGGUCAGUUCGGUCGGCCACCUACUAUGUUGCCAGAAUCUUCUCCAGUCAAUGUGACAGAUGAUGGCGAUUGCUCUUUGUCAGCGUCCAUAGAUCUCGACAAGCCACACAGCGGUGGCAUUGCCCUAUUGCAUCAAACUGUGCGUGCGCGAACUAUGACAACCUUCGAGUUGCCAGAGUACACUAAUCUUUGGGCCCUACAUGGUCCUGUCGUAAUGCAGCCACCUGCUGGUCCCCAACCACACAUCUUCACCCGUAAUCGAUCCGAUUUGGCUGUAUCGCUGGCUGACAUCGAGCGUAUUGCAAGCUGUCUACAGUCCGGGAAUAAGGAUGUUAUCAAACCCCCCGCUGUGAUAGCUACUGACAGCACUCGCCAUCAAGGAAUUGUUUCGGAAAACAAAGUUGACACAUUGAAUCAUUCACCGGCUACUCUGGCACUUGAUUCUUCCCCUGACGUUGAUUGUGAAGCCCCCUUUUCUAAUAGAUCCGAACUUCCGACUCACUCCAAGCCCAACUCAUUAGAUCACGAGAAGCUGGAUCCAUCGAACAUCCGAACAUGUCAUCAGGGAUUAAUUUGA